AUGCUCAACCCCUUCAGCAUCUUCACUCAGGCCUUUCCGCCGCGGCCGCAGUUCACUGAGAAGGAUAUUCCUGAUCUCUCUGGCAGGGUCUGCAUCGUGACGGGAGCAAACACUGGUGUUGGCAAGGAAGUCGCACAGAUUCUCUACUCCAAGAACGCCACCGUCUACGCUACCUCUCGUUCAGAGGAAAAGGGUCGUUCUGCCAUUGUUGCUAUCAAGGAGGCAGUGCCCAAUUCCACCGGAAAGCUAGAUCUCCUCACCCUAGAUCUGGCUGACCUCACCACCAUCAAGCCCGCAGCCGACACCUUCCUCGCCAAGGAGACACAACUCCAUCUUCUCAUCAAUAAUGCCGGCGUCAUGAUGCCACCUCAGGGGAGCAAGACGGCCCAGGGCUACGAACUACAGCUGGGAACGAACUGUGUCGGCCCGUUUCUCUUCAGCAAGCUGCUGACGCCGACUCUGGUGCAAACGGCCAAAACAGCACUCAAGGAUAGUGUUCGCAUUGUCUGGGUUUCCAGUUCAGCCGCAGAGGUUUUGUCGCCUUGUCCCGCCAUUGAGAUCGAUAACCUCGACUACAACAGGGAUAGAAUCAAGGAGUUCAAGUACGGCAUCAGCAAGGCAGGCAAUUAUUUUCACUCCACUGAAUUUGCCAAGCGACACAAAGCCGACGGCGUCAUCAGUCUCGCAUUGAAUCCUGGAAACCUCUCAUCAGAGCUGGACCGGCACAUCACAGCGCUGAUCCCGACGUUGUUCAGGAAAGCCACCACAUAUCCCGCUAUCAAUGGUGCUUACACUGAAUUAUUUGCGGCGCUUUCUCCCGACGUGACGAUUGAAAAGACAGUUAUUCCAUGGGGUCGAUUUUAUGCUAUUCGGGAUGACCUUGUCCAGGGCUCCAAGUCUCGCGAAGAGGGUGGCACAGGCCUCGCCGAAGAUUUUUGGAGAUGGACCGAGGAGCAGGUAGCGAAAUACCUAUGA